UAGAGUGGUGGAGGCGAAGUUUGAAAAUUACUCCUUGAGCCGUUUAAAUCAAAUAUUGAUCGACUUGAUUUUUGGUUUUGUUUUGUUUUUGUUUUUUUUUUUUAAGAGGGAUCGACUUCGAUUUUAAACGUGAUAACUUGAGCUGUUUAUCGAUCAAAUUUUCGUGGCGUCGCCGUCAAUUAAACGCAGAUUUCAACGCCCAAUUCUCGCAUUGAAGGAAGCUUCAAAUUCAUGAAAGCUAGUUCUUUUCUUUCUCGGCAAUUUUUCGAAUUACAAGCCUCGUUUUCAUCACUCCAAAAAUCCUUUCUGUUACCAGCUAAUCUAAGUCUUGUUGAAGAACUUAUUGGUAAAGCGUUAGAUCAAUUUCCUACUGUCAAAACCUUAAAGAAUGUCCACUCAAUCAUAUUUCGUUACGAUCUUCAUCAAGACCCUUCUCUGGGAAUCAAACUAAUGAGGGCCUACGCUGCAAGCGGGGAAGUUCACCUGGCACGCAAGGUGUUUGACGAAAUUCCUGUAAAAAAUGUUGUUUUCUAUAAUGUCAUGGUAAGGAGCUAUGUGAACAAUCAUUUGUACGACGAUGCACUGGAAGUUUUUAAGACCAUGAUUAAUGGUGGCUUAAGUCCGGAUAAUUAUACAUACCCUUGCGUCCUAAAGGCCUGCUAUUGCUCUGAGAAUCUAAGAAUUGGGUUGCAACUUCAUGGGGCUGUGUUCAAGGUUCGACUUGAUUCCAAUUUGUUUAUUGGAAAUGGUCUAAUUGCCAUGUAUGGGAAAUGUUGUCGUUUAUUGGAGGCACGGCAAGUUCUGGAUGAGUUGCCAGGCAGAGAUGUCGUUUCCUGGAAUGCAAUGGUUGUCGGGUAUGCACAAAAUGGACAAUUUGAUGAUGCAUUGGAGAUUUGCCGGGAAAUGAAGGUGUCAGGACAACAGCCUGAUGCUGGUACAAUGGCCAGCCUCAUGCCAGCUAUAGGUAACACAUCAUCUGAAAAUGUUUCAUAUGUUAAGGAUAUGUUCAUGAAUUUAGAGAUGAAGACUUUGGUCUCAUGGAAUGUGAUGAUAGCUGUGUUUGUAAAAAAUUCAAUGCCUAACGAAGCUGUUAAGUUAUAUUCACAAAUGGAAAAAAGUUGGGUGGAGCCUGAUGCAAUCACUUUGGCUUGUGUUACUUUAGCCUGUGGGGACCUAUCAGCUCUGUCGCUUGGAAGGAAAAUUCAUGAAUAUGUUGAAAAGAAGAAACUAUGCCCCAAUUUGAUAUUAGAGAAUGCAUUGAUAGACAUGUAUGCUAGGUGCGGAUGUCUGGAAGAUGCAAGGAAAGUGUUUGACAGAAUGAAGUUCCAUGACAUUGCAUCAUGGACAUCAUUGAUAUCUGCUUAUGCUAUGACUGGGCAGGGUCGCAAUGCUAUCAUGCUCUUCAAAGAAAUGCAAGAUUCUGGUUUAAGUCCUGAUUCCAUUUCUUUUGUUGCUAUUCUCUCUGCUUGCAGCCAUUCAGGUUUCCUGGAUGAAGGCAAGAUUUACUUUAAACAAAUGACAGUUGAUUAUAAAAUAACCCCAAGGAUUGAACAUUUUGCUUGUAUGGUGGAUCUUUUAGGACGUGCUGGGAAAGUUGAUGAAGCCUAUAAUUUCAUCACACAAAUGCCUUUGGAGCCUAAUGAAAGAGUUUGGGGAGCUCUGCUUAGUGCUUGUCGUGUGUACUCCAACAUGGAUAUCGGGCUAUUAGCUGCUGAUAAACUUUUUCAGUUGGCUCCUGAGCAGUCAGGUUACUAUGUGUUGUUAUCUAAUAUAUAUGCAAAGGCCGGUAGAUGGAAAGAGGUAACUGCUAUUCGAUCAUUAAUGAAGAGAAGACGACUCAGGAAAAUGCCUGGAAUCAGCAAUUUUGAGCUGAAUAAUCAGAUUUACACCUUUCUUGCUGGUGAUAGAUCUCAUCCACAGUCAAAGGAAAUAUAUGAAGAGCUAGAUGUAUUGGUGGGGAAGAUGAAAGAAUUAGGUUAUGUCCCUGAGACUGAUUCUGCUCUUCACGAUGUUGAGGAAGAGGAUAAGCAAUACCAUCUAGCUGUACACAGUGAAAAGUUAGCAAUUGUGUUCGCCAUUUUGAAUACCCAACCUGGUUUUGCAAUCAGAAUUACCAAGAACCUUCGUGUCUGUGGAGAUUGCCACAUUGCUGCAAAGCUCAUCUCCAAGAUAGUUGAGCGUGAAAUUAUCGUCAGGGACACUCAUCGAUUCCACCAUUUCAAAGAUGGGUCAUGCUCUUGUGGAGAUUAUUGGUGACAUAUAAGCCAACCUGAUCAGCAUCUAACUGAGACUGAACAUCAUAUUUGAGGGACUAUUUAAGGUCAUAUUUUGGAUCGAAUAUUAUCUGAAGCAAAUGAUUGUGAACUGCGAUGAUGACCAAACUUUAAAGUGAUGGUUAGGUGCAAAAUAUUAUAGAUUUUAAUAAUAUAUUAGAAUCUCUAUGUUA